AUGCGGCGAUGCUAUUUCUCUUUCCAACUUUCUCUUUCCAUCUCUUUCUCACUUCCCCCGUCUCUCUCUUUCCACCUCACACUUACCACCGCUCUCUCUUUCCACCUCUCUUUCUCUUUUCCCUCUCUCUCUCUCUCUAGCUCUCUCUCUUUCCACUUCUCUGUCUUUCUUCAACUCUCUCUCUCUCUUCCACUUGUCUCUUUCCAGGUGUCUCUCUUUCCACCUCUUUCUAUCCUCUCUAUUUCCACCUCUCUCCUUUCAUCUCUCUCUCUCUCUUUCUCCCUCUCUCUCUUUCCAUCUAUGUAUCUACGUCACUCUCUAUAUCUCUCUCUCUCUCUCUCUUUCCAGCUCUCUAUCUUUCCACUUGUCUCUUUCUUUCCACCUGUCUCUGUGGAAAGAGAUGUGGAAAAUCUUUUUUCCACCUGUCUCUCACUUUCCACAUGUCUCUCUCCCUCUCUCUCUCUCUCUCUCUUUCUAGCUCUCUACCACUCUUUACACCUUUCUCUUUCCCUUCUCUUUCUUUCUCCCUCUCUUUCUCUUUCCACCUCCCUCUCUCUCUCUUACCACUCUCUCUCUUUCCGCCUGUCUCUCUCUUCCCACCUCUCUCUUUCCAACUUUCUCCUUCCCCUUCUCUUUCUUUCUCUCUCUCUCUUUCCACCUCUCUCUUCUUCCCUCUCUCUCUCUCUUCUCUCUCUUCCCACCUAUCUCUCUCUUUCCACCUCUCUCUUUCCACCUUUCUCCUUCCCCUUCUCUUUCUUUCUCCCUCUCUCUCUCUUACCACCUCUCUCUCUUUCCACCUCCCUAUCUCUUUCCACUUCUCUAUCUUUCUCCCUCUCUCUCUUUCCAUCUCUCUCUCUCUUUCCGCCUCUCUCUCUCUCUCGUGGUCUCUAA